GACCAAUUCAACACCCGGCUCAUCCCAUUUGGAGAUACGCCGAAGUCCUCUCCGGUGGCCAUGGGCCGCCUGGGCCCGCGCUGCACCCAUUGCAAGCGCACGGAAGAGGCGGAUCUCACCUGCGGCCGCUGCCGAUCGGUGGUGUACUGCAGCCGAAGCUGCCAGCGGGCGCACUGGAAGAGUCACAAGCUGGAUUGCGUGAAGCUGGCGCAGGUCUUGGCCAAGCGGGCCGAGGGCGAUGUGGCCGGGUUCCUUCGGUGGGUCGAACGACUCCUUCGGCAGCCAAAGGCGCUGCCCUUCUCUUCUGGAGGCCCUGCAGAGAUCUACGGUUCCGCUGCGCCCUGCGCGCGCAAGCGUCUGGAAUGCGCCGGCCGGUCUUUUUUGGAGACCUUGGAGCGUCAGAUGCCGAGUUUCCAGCCCGCGCCGGCUGAAGCGCAAGCAAAGGUCCCGAAGGAGGAGCCGGACAUGCGCCGGUCGCCAGCGCGGGGGCCCUCGGCGCCGUAUCUGCAAAGGUGCCAGGAGCGUGCAGAGCUGCGCUCGAAGCUGCGGCCAGGGCGCAAGCCCCUGCCGCUGCGCCUGAAAGGAGUGGAGCUCUACGCACUGCUGGAGAUCCAAGUUGAGGAGGACCAGCUGCCCAAAGAGGAGGAGGUCAAGGAGGCCUACAAGCGCCUGGUGUUGAUCCACCACCCGGACAAGCAGGCGAGCAAGACCCUGCCCUUCCAGCUGAUUCAGGAGGCCUACGAAUACCUCUCGGAUCGCGAGAACAAGCAGGUCUAUGAUUCCACACUGCCCUUCAACGACUCCAUCCCCACGGAGGCGGAGAUCCGGCGCCGGGGCUUCUUCAAGGCCUUGGAGCCGGCCUUCCGGCGCAACGCCAGGUGGUCCGAGCGCGGCGGCGGCCCGCCGCUGGGCACGCCGGACCAGCCGCUGGACCAGGUGCAUGGCUUUUACCAGUGGUGGUACGACUUUGAGAGCUGGCGGGAUGUGAGCCCCAGCUACCUGGAGCAGCAGGGCCUGGAGCUCGAGGACGUGACCAACUGCCCUCGUCAGCAGCGGAGGACCCGGCAGAAGCAGAACGAGCAGAUCCGCAAAGCCUUCGAUGUCCACGAGAGGCUGCGUGUGAUGCGUCUGGUGGACCUCGCCUUCCGCCACGACCCGCGGCUCCUCUGGGAGCGCAAUGCCGCGGCCGGAGACGAGUCCAGGACGCGGGCGCCGCAGAAGAAGACCUCAGCGCCGAGAUCCCCACAGCGUCGCAAGGAGCCGAGUGAGGAAGAGCUCAGGAAGCAGGAGGAGACAAAGCGGGUGGCCAAAUCCCGGCGCCAGCAACUGCGGAAGCUCGUGGAGAGUCUUGGCCUCUUGGUGAGCGGGGUGGAACUGGAGCGCUUUUGCCUCAAGGCCACCGACACAGAGGAGCUGGAGGACCUGGCGGAGGAGGUGGGGCGCUUGGCCCAGCUGCCGCCGGAGGACGUCACCGAGGAGCUGACGGAGACGGAUGAGGAAGACAGCAAGUCCAAGAAGAAGGAGGAAGCAGUGGUUCCUGACUGUACUUUCUGCCACGGCACCGGGAUGAAUGCGGUGAGCAAGACAGCGUGCAUGUUCUGCGACGGCUCUGGCAAGCAACACGUGGAAGAGGCCCCAGCGGAGGAAGUAGAAGAAGCUCCGCCCAAGGAGAAGCGGUACCGGCGCAAGACCCCGCUCCAGCUGGCGCAGGAGGCGGUCUUCGACGCCAUGUGGGCCUCAGGCAUGCGACCCACGGAGACGCGGCACAGCCCAGAGCUGCGGCAAGAGAGAAGAGAGCGCCAGGAGCGGGAGAGGGAGGAGCGGCGGCGCUUGAGAGAGCUGCGGCAGAAGGAGGAAAGAGAAAGAGAGCAGCAGCUGAGAGCAGAGCAAGCCAAAGAAGAGGAGACCAUCGAGGAACAGUUCGCGCGGCGCGCCGCGGCGCGAGAGGCCCGGGCGGCGGAAGAAGAGGCCAAGGCCGAACCGGAGCAGAACGAGCCGGAGGAAGAGCUGGACGAGGACCCGCGGCUGGUGGCGGAAGCGGAGCGCUUCCUCAGCCAGGACCAAGACACCAACCCCGAGACGGUGGACCGCAUCUCCAAGCUCACGGAGUUCGCGCGCCUGGGCAUCGAGGGCGCCACCCAGGUGAUCUUGGCCUCUCUGGGCGCCUCGAAGGAGCUGAGAGAAUGCCUGGCCGAGCUCGAGGAGCGACGUUUUGAGCAGCCGGAGGAAUACACGAACGAGGUGUUGCUGCUGCUCUCCGAGUGCGUGGCGCCCUUCUUUGGUCUCGGCACGCGCCCGGUGAAGGCGGUGAAGUUGCCGGCACUGCUGCGGAACCGCGCCAAGCGGGUGCGGCAAGCUCUCCGGGACCUGGUGCUCGGCUGCAACUUCCUGGCGAUUUUGGAGGGCCAGAACUAAGGCUAGCCCCAGCACGCCAGGCUGAGCAGUUAGUUUCACUGCGCCAAUUGAACAGCGACCCGCGUGGUGGUUUGGCAAAGCGCGCCUUCAGGCA